AUUUUGAAACUUUAUUUGGCCAAAACAUUAGUUAGUGCACUGUACAGUCUACCUGGCUAUUUAGUGGUUAGGAGUUAGGUCAACAAUUUUUCGAUUGUUUUUACGGAUAACUAUAAAGUAGCUACGUUGAAUACAGGUGCAGUCGCGCAGAAUCGUUAUAGGCACACUGAUGACAUCUGAAAUCCCAGGACCGUAUAACGCAACAUCGCUUUGUCAUCAGACAGCAGCCGAGAGACCACUGAGCAGACGGCCACACAACACAGACCACCACUGCGCAGACACUAGCUAAGUGUAGAGAAACACAUGUAAAGGUACACAAUUCCACGUUGACUAACGCCAAACUACAGGUAAACUAUAUAGAUAAACAACGAACACGGCAGGUUCAGCCGUGAUGAACAGCACAUAGACUGACACCGGGUUGGAUAGCACUGCAGAUGUGAUGCUGACGAUGAUACAACUAGCAUAAGAUGAGGCUGGCACGAUGUCGCUGAAUCGUCUGCGCGCGUCCAGCGGCACGUACAAUGUGCGGGAGUCCGAGCUCGCGCGGCAGUACCUGCGACCUGAGCGCAUGCUCCGCUGCGUCGUCUGCUUCCUCGACGACACACAGCAGACGUUCGAGCUCGAGAGAAAAGCAAAGGGCCACGCUUUGCUAGACCAAGCCUUUCAACAUCUGGAUCUCAUUGAGAAAGACUACUUUGGCCUGCAGUAUGCCGAGGCAUCGGGGCCAGCCGGCCUGCGAUGGCUCGAUGCAACCAAGAAAAUCGGCAAGCAAGUUCGAACUGCGGAGCCAUACUGGUUUUACUUCAGAGUCAAGUUCUAUGUGUCAGACCCGAGUAAGCUGCAGGAAGAGUAUACGAGGUAUUUUUUCUUUCUGCAACUGAAGCAAGACAUUUUGCGAAACGUACUCGUCUGUCCUACCAGCACGGCUGCUCUCCUAGCAGGCUAUGCAGCGCAAUCUGAACUCGGAGACUACAACCCGGAUGAGCAUCUGUCUCACUACCUGUCUGAGCUUCGCUUCAUCCCCGGACAGACGGGGGAGUUUGAGCGAGAGGUGGAAGAGCAGCACAAGCAACACAAAGGUCAGACUCCCGCCGAUGCCGAAUUCAACUAUCUCGAGCAUGCGAAGCGGUUGGACAUGUACGGUGUUGACCUUCAUCAAGCCAGGGACCAGAGUGGAGUAGAGAUCAUGCUAGGCGUUACAGCAGUGGGCCUUGUUGUCUUCCAGAAUCAUGUCAAGAUUAACACGUUUUCAUGGGUGAAGAUUAUCAAGAUAUCGUUUAAGCGGAAGCAGUUCUUCAUACAGCUGCGACGAGAAGCGAGCGAGCACUCGGACAGCCUCAUCGGUUUCAACAUGCUCAGCUGUCGCACGUGUAAGGAGCUGUGGAAGGCCUGCGUCGAGCAUCACACGUUCUUCCGCCUGCACGUGCCUAAGGCGCCAUCGCGACGCCAUGUCUUCCAGAUCGGCUCGCGCUUCAGGUAUAGCGGGAGAACAGAGCAUCAGACCAUGCAGGACUGCAAGAAGUGGGGGAAGGUGGAACGCACGUUCGAGAGAUCGCCCAGCAAGAAGUACGCACGCCGCACUGUCGGCGGCCACACGACCGACGUCAUCGUCGAGGAACGCACGAUUGAUGGUCUCACAAACGUACCAGCGAACACAACUCGCAUCACGGCGCCCCCUACCAACGGCACGACGACGGCGUACAUCCGUCCUUACGAGAGCUUCAACAAUCGGCUGGUGGCGGCGGCCACCGGCGCCAGCGUCGUCAACACGUACGUGCGACCGAAGAAGGCGUGGAGCAGCAGUGAGGUGGCGCCACCGCCGCCGCCGUCGUCGCGCAAGCCUGACGAGUACACGAACGGACGCAGCAGCAUCGACCAUCGCAGUGAGAAUGGUGCUGAGAGCCUCGUCGUUAUCCGCAUCAAACCUGACGAGCAGGGACGCUUCGGCUUCAACGUUAAGGGAGGCUGUGAUCAGAACAUGCCUGUGCUUGUAUCGCGGGUAGCCCCUAACAUGCCGGCCGACCUGUGCACACCACGACUCAACGAGGGAGACCAGGUCCUACGCAUCAAUGGCAACGACAUCUCCGUCAUGGAGCAUGACCAGGUCGUCGCCUACAUCAGACAGUCGGCAAGUAACAGCACCGGUCUGGUGCUCACAGUAAGACCUAAUGUGUACGUCGGUGACGAUGAGGAGCCUGAGGCGCAGUGUGUGCCGGAGCUGCAGCGUGUCGCUCGCACGGUGCCGCCCAACGACCGACUGCCGGAGUCUGUGCGCAUCCUCAACGACAGCCUAGCCAGCGGACUCACACUCGAGCAGUUCGAGCAACUCUACCGACGCAACGUUGCCAUGACGAUGAGCGAUGCGAGGGCUUCAAGCAACCUCUCGAAGAACAGAUACCGCGACGUGUCUCCGUAUGACCAGACGCGGGUGAAGAUACAGGAAUGUCCGACCGGAAACUACAUCAACGCUAACUUUGUAAAUAUGGAGAUCCCAACUUCGGGUGUUGUGAACCGGUACAUAGCAGCACAGGGACCACUGCCGAACACGUGUGCUGACUUCUGGCAGAUGAUCUGGGAGCAGCAGAGCUCGCUGGUGGUGAUGCUGACGACGAAGGUCGAGCGAGGUCGCGUCAAGUGUCACCAGUACUGGCCGGACCUGUACGAGACGGUUGACUACGGACUGCUGCAAGUCACCUGUCUGAAGGAGGAAGAGACGCCCUCGUUCGCAUUCCGCGAGUUCGCGCUCGUUCACCUAGAGGUGCGUGCUAGGGAUGGCUUCCUGCUUCGAUUUACAACUGCCCACUGA